AGCAUCAAAGCGGAACACUCUCCUUUUCUCACUCAUUUAUAUUCUCUCAGUACCAGCCCCUUACAUUUCUACUUCUUCCUUCUAUUUGUAUCACAACAAAAGGACUUGGACGAGGGGCUUAUCUUAUCUUAUCCACCCCUCAUUUUCUCUCUUCCCAAACAUUAUCUUAUCUUUUCAAUGCUCUUGUUUACAUUUUUUCUUUGAAAAAGAAAAACAAAAUUCUGCUUCUCUGGAGUUAGACUGUGGGUUCGUUUUUUAUUUUCCUUCUAGCAAUCAGUAUUUGGUGGUUUGAGUGUUUAGACGGAGAUUUUCUCAUGCAAAGAGAAAGUAGUCGAUAAAUUCAAUCUGGGUCAUAGUUAUUAUCGUCCAAGAUUAAUCAAUUGAAGCUGCCAAACAAAUUCCAUAUCUUUAUAAACAAUCCCUCAAUUGUGGUGCACAAAUGGCUCCCAAGACAGGCAAGAUGAAAGCGCACAAAGCUAAGGGAGACAAGAAGAAAAAAGAAGAGAGAGUUUUGCCUACUGUAAUCGAAAUUACCGUAGAAACACCUGAAGAAUCCGAAGUCACUCUCAAGGGAAUAUCUUCUGACAAGAUCUUGGAUAUAAGAAAACUGUUAGGGGUCCACGUUGAGACAUGUCAUUUGACCAACAUCUCCCUGUCUCACGAGGUACGAGGAAAUCAACUUAAGGAAUCCGUGGACAUCGUGUCUCUUAAACCCUGUCAGCUGUCCAUCGUCCAAGAGGACUACACGGAGGACCUAGCAGUCGCGCACAUCCGACGACUCCUCGACAUUGUUGCCUGCACAACCUCCUUCGGUUCGCCGAAAUCGGCUACUCGAACCAUUCCCAAAGAAUCACCUUCUAAGGAAUCGGCUGCUGUCGACGACGCUCCAACCAAUGGGGUUGAAUCUCCCGACAACUCGAAGGCGAAAGAAAAACCGGAGGCGACUGCGGCGGCUGUGUCGAUGUGUCCUCCGCCGCGGCUUGGCCAGUUUUACGAUUUCUUCUCCUUCUCUCACCUCACUCCUCCUAUCCAAUAUAUUAGAAGAUCGAGUCGUCCAUUCCUGGAGGAUAAAACAGAAGAUGACUUUUUCCAAAUUGAUGUUCGAGUUUGUAGUGGGAAGCCGAUGACCAUAGUUGCUUCUCGGAAAGGGUUUUACCCAGCCGGAAAGCGACCGCUUCUCUGUCACUCUCUAGUCACUCUUCUGCAGCAGAUCAGCAGGGUUUUUGAUGCUGCGUACAAGGCUCUUAUGAAAGCUUUCGCUGAGCAUAAUAAAUUUGGCAACCUUCCUUACGGUUUUCGGGCAAAUACAUGGGUUGUUCCUCCCGUAGUAGCGGAUAAUCCGUCAGUUUUUCCCCCACUUCCGGUGGAAGAUGAAAAUUGGGGAGGAAAUGGAGGUGGACAAGGAAGAGAUGGUAAACAUGACAAUAGGCAAUGGGCAAAAGAGUUUGCAAUUUUGGCAGCUAUGCCUUGCAAAACAGCAGAAGAGAGGCAAAUACGAGAUAGGAAAGCUUUUCUACUUCAUAGUUUAUUUGUUGACACCUCAGUUUUAAAAGCAAUUGCGGCGAUCAAGAACAUCAUUGAAAUCAAUCAGAAUGCUUUAAAUGGCCCUUCUGCUUCAAUUUUGCAUGAAGAAAAAGUGGGAGAUUUGAUUAUUAAGGUGACAAGAGAUGUUCCUGAUGCAAGUGUGAAAUUAGAUUGUAAAAAUGAGGGGAGUCAGGUUCUAGGAAUGCCACAAGAGGAGCUGGCUCGGAGAAAUUUACUUAAAGGCAUAACUGCUGAUGAGAGUGCAACUGUUCAUGAUACUUCUACCUUAGGUGUUGUGGUUGUAAGACAUUGUGGCUAUACAGCUGUAGUAAAAGUUUCAGCUGAAGUAAAUUGGGAGGGGAAUCCCAUUCCUCAAGAAAUUGACAUCGAGGACCAGCCUGAAGGAGGGGCAAAUGCUUUAAAUGUCAAUAGCUUAAGGAUGCUAUUGCACAAGUCAUCCACGCCUGCAACAGCUCAACGAUCACAGAGUACAGAUUUUGGGAGCUUGCAUUCUGCUAGGGCUUCAGUGAGGAAAGUGUUGGAGGCUAGUUUGCAGAAGUUGCAGAAUGAACCCUCUAAUAACUCCAAGCCUAUCAGAUGGGAGCUAGGGGCAUGCUGGGUGCAACAUGUUCAAAAUCAAGCUUCAGGGAAAACCGAGUCCAAGAAAAAUGAAGAUGUUAAGCCAGAGCCUGCUGUGAAGGGUCUUGGAAAGCAGGGUGCAUUGCUGAAGGAAAUAAAAAGGAAAACAGACACCAAAGGUGGUAAAAAUGAUCUGAAUAUGGAGGUUUCUACAGGUAACAACCCUGAUAUGAAGAAGAAAUCAGAAGUCAGUAAUGAAAAGGGACUUGAGAAGCAAGAUGAGGAAAUAGAAAUGAUGUGGAAAAAACUGCUUCCUGAAGCAGCAUAUUUGAGACUAAAAGAAUCAGAAACCGGCUUUCACCUUAAGUCUCCUGAAGAGUUGAUUGAAAUGGCACAUAAGUACUAUGCUGAUACUGCUCUUCCAAAAUUGGUGGCAGAUUUUGGCUCCCUUGAACUUUCACCAGUUGAUGGAAGGACUUUGACGGAUUUUAUGCAUACAAGGGGUUUGCAAAUGUGUUCCCUGGGGCGUGUGGUUGAGCUUGCAGACAAGCUGCCUCAUGUUCAGUCACUCUGUAUACAUGAAAUGGUUGUUCGAGCCUAUAAACACGUGUUACAGGCUGUUGUGUCAUCAGUUGAAAGUAUUGAUGAUUUGGCUGCAUCAAUAGCGGCAUGUUUAAAUAUAUUGUUGGGAACACCAUCAGCUGAAAACAGUGACAUGGAUAUCACUAAUGAUGAAAAACUAAAAUGGAGAUGGGUGGAUACCUUUCUUUCAAAUAGGUUUGGGUGGCAGUGGAAAUCAGAAAGCUGUCAGGAUCUGAGAAAGUUCGCCAUUCUUCGUGGAUUAUCCCAUAAGGUGGGGCUUGAGGUUGUUCCUAGGGACUAUGACAUGGAUACUCCAUUUCCUUUUAGGAAGUCUGAUAUCAUAAGCAUGGUCCCCGUAUACAAGCAUGUUGCAUGUUCAUCAGCAGAUGGUCGAACGCUAUUGGAGUCAUCCAAGACUUCUCUGGAUAAAGGUAAAUUGGAGGAUGCAGUCAAUUAUGGCACUAAGGCACUUUCAAAACUUGUGUCGGUUUGUGGUCCUUACCAUCGGAUGACUGCAGGAGCAUACAGUCUUUUGGCUGUUGUGCUUUACCAUACUGGGGACUUUAAUCAGGCAACAAUUUAUCAGCAGAAAGCAUUGGAUAUCAAUGAAAGAGAGCUUGGUCUUGACCAUCCUGACACGAUGAAGAGUUAUGGAGACCUAGCUGUCUUCUAUUACCGCCUUCAACAUACAGAGUUAGCAUUAAAGUAUGUAAAUCGUGCAUUGUAUCUUUUGCAUUUAACAUGUGGACCAUCUCAUCCAAAUACGGCAGCCACCUAUAUUAAUGUAGCAAUGAUGGAAGAAGGGUUAGGAAAUGUUCAUGUUGCUCUUAGAUAUCUCCAUGAAGCUCUCAAGUGCAACCAAAGACUACUUGGAGCUGAUCAUAUACAGACUGCUGCCAGCUACCAUGCCAUUGCUAUUGCCCUCUCCUUGAUGGAAGCUUACUCCUUAAGUGUUCAACAUGAACAAACUACACUACAGAUAUUGCAGGCAAAACUAGGGUCUGAGGACCUACGUACACAGGAUGCGGCUGCAUGGCUUGAGUACUUUGAGUCUAAGGCUUUAGAGCAGCAAGAAGCUGCACGGAAUGGUACUCCAAAGCCUGAUGCAUCAAUCUCCAGCAAAGGCCACUUAAGUGUAUCAGAUCUUUUGGAUUAUAUAACCCCGGACGCAGAUAUGAGAGUGAGAGAUGCCCAAAAGAAAGCCCGUGCAAAGAUUAGAGGCAAACCAGGCCAAAAUUGGGAGACAACCUCAGAUGAAUAUCAGAAUGAUGAGAUUCCAUCACCAACUUAUCCUGUUACAGAGAAUUCUAGUGAUAAAGAAAACAAAUCUGAAGCUGAAUUCGUGGAAUCUGGUAAUGAAAAACCUGAUUCAGUGCAAGCAGAUAAGCCGUUGUUGGUUAAAAUUGUUGACCCAGAACAGGAUGACAUCUCAGAUGAAGGCUGGCAAGAAGCUGUUCCUAAAGGUCGUUCACCUGCAGCUCGUAAAUCUUCUGCUUCAAGGAGGCCAAGUCUAGCCAAACUGAGUACAAACUUUAUGAAUGUGUCCCAAUCCUCAAGAUACCGUGCAAAGCCUAAUAAUUUCACAUCUCCGAGAACAAGCCCCAAUGAGCCUACUGCUUCCGCUGGACCUAGUCCUCCUGCUUCCAAAAAGUUCGUAAAAAGUUCAAGCUUCAGUCCAAAGUUCAAUAACCUGAGGAGUGCAGUUAGUGGAGUGGAAAAACUGGUAAACCCAAAAUCAGCCCCAGGUAGCCCAGCUUCAACUGAUCAAGUUACCAAGCCUACUCAAGUAGCAAGUCCAAUCAGUGUGCAGGCAGCUGGAAAACUAUUCUCAUACAAAGAAGUUGCUUUGGCACCACCUGGGACAAUUGUAAAGGCAGUUGCAGAGCAGUUGCCAAAAGGAAAUCCUCUUCCAGAACAAAAUGCUCAGACAAGCCAGGAGACAGCACCAGAUGUCACACCUAUUGACGUGGCAACAGUAAUGGUUGCUAGUGAAGAAGUUCCAAAAGCAACUGGAGACAAAGAGUUUCUAGGUUCUGAGGAAGAAAUGAAAAGCACUGUUAAUGAAGAAAGAAAAAAGCAGAUAAGUGAAUCAGUGAUGACUGAAGCUUCCCUGGAAAAAGGCAGCACUGCAAUCAAAAUAGAAGCUGGGACUGUAGAAGUUAAAAGUGGUGUUGAAACCAUCAAAGAGGAAGCUGCUAACGGGUCUGCACAUUAUGAUUCUUCCAAGGAGUCAAAUACUAUUUGUUCAAAAACUGAAGCAUCGGAAAUUGGUUCUUUAGACAAAUGCCAAGUUACUUGUUCCAACCCAGAACCGUCGGAUUUUGUAACUGAAAAUACAGCUCGGUCACUAGAACAAGAGGCCUCUAUUCCCUCAGGAAAAGUGUUUGAUGAAGAUCCUCAAGAUCUGCCAGUUGAAGUUAGUGUUAAGCAGUUGCCAACUGAAGGAGAAAAGCAGGAGGAAUCAGAGAUAGGUAAAGAGACUACAAAGAAACUUUCUGCAGCUGCACCCCCAUUUAAUCCGUCAACAAUUCCAGUUUUUAGCUCCGUCACAGUUCCGAGUUUCAAGGACCAUGGAGGACUCCUGCCCCCUCCCGUGCAUAUACCUCCAAUGCUUCAAGUCAACUCUGCCCGUAGAUCACCUCAUCAAUCUGCAACAGCUAGAGUUCCAUAUGGACCCAGACUCUCUGGAGGCUAUAACAGAUCUGGAAAUCGGGUUCCACGAAACAAGUCUAGCUACCACAGCAGUGAACAUUCUGGAGAAGGGAACCAUUACAGUCCUCCGAGAAUAAUGAAUCCACAUGCAGCUGAGUUUGUACCUGGCCAACCUUGGGUGGUUCCUAAUGGCUACCCUGUCUCUCCAAAUGGAUUUUUGGCUUCUACGAAUGGUAUGCCAAUUUCGCCAAAUGGUUACCCGAUGCCUCCAAUGACACCAAAUGGUAUUGCUGUGACACAAAAUGGAUUUCUCACGUCCCCAAUAGGAUCAGUAGAAUCACCAGCUGUUAUAACUGUUGAUAUUGAAGCUGAAAACAGAAGUGGAGAAUUACUAGCGGAGCAGACUCUGGAGGUUUCCUCCACAUAUGUUGAAGGUGAAAAUCAAUCAAGUGAGCAGAAACCACCAGAAGAUCAAUCUUUAGACAAUGAAAGCAAGCUUCUUGAAAAUGAAGGAAAGCCUGCAGAUGUGGUUCCUGUGACUGGUGGUGUUACUCUGGCAAAAGAAGCUUGCAGUGAAAUACAAGUUGAUGCAAAAUUGAGCAAGUGUUGGGGAGAUUAUAGUGACGGUGAAGCUGAGGUUGUUGAGGUUACAAGUUGAAGAAAACAAAUUUUUUUUUUUGGAUACUGAAUGUUUUGUUCAAAGCCAAGGGUUUAAGCACUAGAGUUACAAGAGAAGUAAUGUUAUACAGUGAAGAGCGACUAGAGAAAGCGCAAGGAUGGGGAAGUUUAUUCUACCAAGUUUGUGACAUGUUUGACAGGAAAGGUUAAACCGAGGCAGUUUGAAUACUUUCUGAUACAGUUUGAUUUUGCUGCAUAAGGAGAGGCUUGCUGACAGAGUGGUAUGCAGAACGCAUGUGCCAUGACUAUUUUCCAUUGAGUAGUUGGUUGAUGACUAGUACUUUACCCAUUUUUUUUUUCUUAUUUUUCUGCCAUCACUUUUAUUGGAUGUCAAUGGAGACAUAUAACAAUGGAAGGUUUGUAUCUUUCUAGGUAGUUCUCCUAGGAAUGAUAAUUUCAUGUAAACUAGACAUAAUAAAGCUUCAGUUUUCUUUCCUGUAAAAUAAUGAAAUAUCAAGAUUCUGUUUCAA